GCUCUGCCACCGCGCUCUCCUCGUCGUCGUCGUCGUCCACGCUCUGCGCCUUCGCGCCUUACGACCCUCUCCAUCAUCUGUAUAGCAGUAGAGCAAGUUCUGCUCCUGACCGUCUCUCUUUCUUAGGAUGUUGCCGCUUCCCCAGGUAGCGUCGCACAUCCUUCAGCAUACAUCUCGUGCCGCCGCUGCGGCCCAGAAUCAGGCCACCCAUGCCUUCAAGAAUGCUCUCGGUCUUCAGUCUUCGGGUACUCAGUCCGCUUCCACUUCGCUAGGAACCUGGAAUGGUGCUGGCUCUUCGAGUUGGGGCAGCGGUCAUGCAGGUGCGGGAGGUGGCGCGAAGUAUCAUACCGGCAGUCGUUUCUACUCUGGUUACACCGGUCCUGGCCGCGCGAUCACGCAGGCCAACACAUCUACAGCACCUGACUCGGGCUCAAAUCAGCCAGACGACGAAGACGUCUCUCUGAAGCCAGUCGUCGUCUCAGGCUCCUCCCGGAGAUAUCGCAAUCGCAGUCAAAGCUUUUCGCCCGGUUCUAGGGAGGGAGUAGAGCGGGGCAAGGAACUCGGGGUCUUCAAGGCAGUCCAACAACACGUUCGGUCCAGACACGCUUUUGCAGAGCCCUCUCGUCCAGAGGUCAUUCCGGAGAGUCCGCCAACCGAACGGGUUCGCCGCAACUCCACAUCUUCCACGGCUUCAUUACCAUCGUCAGGUGAACCUCUUCACGACAUCCCUCCCUCCGCGCCUGUUCCUCAGCCUUCUCUCAAUGCUGCCGACGUAGAUCCUGCCACCCCUCAGACCGUCCUCAGUCCUGAUGCCCCAAAGUCCAAGGAAAACUCGCCAACUCCCCAUCGCUCUAGCUCACCCAAUGCGCACAAUGCUCAUCUCGCUCUUGACCGUCUUCGCGAUGUGAGGACGAGGUCGACGGUUCGCGAUUGGAAUCAGGUUAUGGGAGACCUCGUCGCAGUCAGAACGCCAGGCGAACCCGUCACGGAAAUCCUUCAGGCAUACAACGACAUGGUUGGGCGGAACAUCGUCCCCAAUAUGGAUACCUACGCUCUGCUCAUCGACGUUCUCUGUGAGCGCGACUUCGAGACUCAAAAGAUCAUAUCGACCUUGCAGACCCGUAUCCAUCGCCGCACGCUCAAGGGUAUGGCCGAUUCGCCGGAUGCCUUCACCGACGAGAAACGGAUUCAGGCUUUGCGGGCGGAGAACAACUUUGCGUCUGCGAUGUCCUUGUUCCAGGCUGCGAACACACUCUCCACUGCACGGUUCACCUCUCGCAUCUUCCUGAACCUCUUACGCUCUGCUGCGGCCCACGGAACCAUCGAGCCCGCCAUUCGCAUUUUUGCUCAGGCCGAGAAGAACUCAGACAAUAAGCUCUCUCAACUAUAUUACCUGUACCUCAUCUCCACCUACUCGACCAGCGGAGAUAUCGAGGGUGCCAAAGUCGUAUUCGAUGAAUACUUGCGUGCCGCUCGCGACAACAGGAUAUUCUGGACUUCCGACAAAGGUUUCGACGCGCACGUCGGCACCAUCCGCAUCUGGAACCACAUGAUCGAUGCCUACUUCCAAGUCAAUGACCCGGCCAGCGCGCUCUCGCUCUUAGAGAAGAUGCUCGACAGCAAGGCUGGCCCGGAUUUCACUCCCGCCGAAGUACCGAACCCGAACCUCGCCACUUUCAAUUGCAUCAUCAGAGGCUUCAUCCGCAACGGCGACGUCGCUACGGCCUUGAUCUGGUUCGAACGAUUGAUGCAAGAGGAUCAUCGGCCAGCGGACCAUAACGAGCCUACCAGCAAGCCUCCUGCGCCCGACGCCCACAUGUGGCACAAUAUAGUCGAAGCUCUCGCGGCCCAUGGUAUGGUCGAGGACCUCAACCGAAUUCUGAAAGACGAAACGUCGUCCUGGACGCAGGCUGGUGGAUAUGACAUCGUGGAGCUUCGCACCUUCGCUAGUGUACAAGCCAUUGCGUACCACGCUAAUGUGAAGUACCUGACUGAGAAGAAGGGUGCCCUUUCACUCGACAAGGCGAACGAAAUAAUGGAAUUCACGCUGAACCACAUCCUUGGAUCAGACUCGAGGAAGUGGACGCCUCGCUUGAGGGAAAUGGGCGGAGCAGACGCUUUGGAGCCUCUCGCCGCCGUUGCGAUCGAGUAUGGGAAUGUCGACGUCGCUAUCCGGGUCGUAGAAGGCCUUCUGGCUGUCGUAGACCAUCGACUUCCGGUUCACGUCGAUGGCACCAUGGUCAGGGCGGAUAUUUCCGUCAGUCCUCUGACAGAUCGUAUCCUUAUUGACGCCUUAGGAUCUCCUCGCGACCUUUCCCUCCGUGACUGUCUUCGACUUGCGACUGCCUGGCACAACCGCGGGUUACACAUCAGCCAGAAUUUAGCCAAGGCCCUCUCGCGCUCGUACACUUCCGCGAAGGAGUCAAACGAGGCCGCGCAACUACAGGUACAAGACUGGGAACUUCUCGCUAUGGCUGUCACCCGAGACGAAGCUGCCGCUGGUACUGCCGCCGCUGCGCUCGCCCGCUCUCUCCUGUCAGAUAUGGCCGAGCGAGGAUUCGAUCUGAAGGAGUUGUCGAAAUCGAACGUCGAGAGCCUCCUCGCGGUUGUGGCCAGCGUGGAGACCGAGCAACCCGUCCGCGAGCUCCUAACUUCUCUGGGGCCCGCGUACUCCUCUCUCCUGGAGACGUUGGAUGAGAUGCUUACCCCACAAAAGCCCGAGACCAGGGUUCCACAACCUGCUCAGAACCUCACAAUCGAUGCUUUCCACAGUAGGUGGGUAGACGAGCAUUCCCAAGGUCAACGCUCCUCCGUGUCCCCUCAUCAAUGUUUCGCGCGAGUUGUCGAAGGCAAGGCAAAGGGCCUUUACCCCACUCCUGAGGUCCUUGCUCAUCUCAUCGAAGCGCUUGGACGUGCGAAGGCUCCUCGGGAGGUAUAUGUGCUUUACGAUGACGCCCAGACAGCACUCUCGCUUCUGGAGAACAAUAAGGAGGAACAGGUCAAGGGUUGGUUUACGGUCGAAAACGCUAUGAUCAUCGCCCACGGACAUCUUGGCGACGGCCCUCGUGCGGAUCUUCACCGUAUGCGGUUGCUGGAGAAUGGGGCUUCGCCCACGGCCGACGCGUACGGUGCUAUGAUUCAGGCUGUCCGGGAGACCACUGACGACACUGCCCGCGCCGUCGCCUACUUCGAAGAGUCACAGAUGCGCGGAGUAACCCCGAACCUCUUCCUCUACAACACCGUCAUCUCGAAACUCGCAAAGGCUCGCAAGGCCGACUAUGCCAUCGAACUGUUCCAGAAGAUGAGGGCGCACAUGAUCAGGCCUUCCUCGGUAACCUACGGCGCUCUGAUCGCUGCGUGCUGCAGAGUCGGCGACGUCCAGUCGGCGGAGACGCUUUUCGAUGAGAUGAUCCAGCAGCCGAAUUUCAAGCCUCGUAUCCCGCCGUACAAUACCAUGAUGCAAUUCUUCGUUCAGACCAAGCCGAACAGGGCUCAGUUCCUGCACUACUACGAAGAGAUGAAGCGAGCCAGGAUUCAGCCAUCUGCGCAUACAUAUAAGCUGCUCAUCGACGCAUACGGUACCAUCGAGCCACCGGAUUUCAAUGCCAUGAGCAUGGCUUUCAAUCAGCUUGUCAAGAAGGGCUUGCAAGUCACUGGUGCUCACUGGGCUUCUCUUAUCAAUGCCUAUGGGUGUGUCGGUAAGGACCUCGACAAGGCUCUUGAGGUCUUCGAGUCCAUCGCAAAUCACUCGACCACCCGGACUGCUCCCACUCAACUCCCCGACGCCGUCGCGUACGAAGCUAUCAUCAAUGUCCUCGUCACUCAUCGUCGCACGGACCUCAUUCCCGUGUACCUCGACCGUCUUUCCAAGAGUGGCAUCCACAUGACGGCCUAUAUCGUCAACAUCCUCAUCAAAGGCCACGCGUCUGCGGGAGACAUCGUACGGGCACGAGAAGCUUUCGAGAGUCUCGCUGACCCGCCUACGGGUGUCGCGGCCGCGAACAAUCAUGCUCCCCAUGACGCCUCACCACCUCACUACGUAAACCCUCAAGAUCCUGUAUAUCGCGAGCCUUCCACAUGGGAAGCAAUGGUGCGAGCAGAGUUGGGAUGCGGGAAUCGGGAUCAGGCAGUUGCCCUGCUGGACAGGCUAUCUAUGAGAGGUUAUCCCGAAUCAAUAUACAAGCGUAUCAGUGGUAUCAUGCUCGAUGAUACUGUUUCUCCAUGGCCGUCAACGGACUCUGGUUAUAACUCCUCCCCUAUACACAGUCCAUAAAAGCAUAGGUUCAAUUUGCGCCGUCUCCUCGCUUUCCAUCGCAUGGUUUUCGUUGUCUGUUCCUGUAAUUAUACUUCUCUUAUCUUACGCCGUCCUUGUCUGCCAUCCGAUCAUCCGUCUCGUCCCUCAUUGGUUUUAUGAACCAGCUCUUGCAGUCAUCAUGUAUCAGAUCAUCCAUUACCGACCGUUUACGCACGCAUGCACACCUUUCUGCUACUUCUACAUUAUAGCUUGCUCCUUCCCAAUUGCUCUGACUCUUCACGCAUAUGCUUACAUACCUACAGUCUACGACAGAUCGACCAUUAAAAUGUACACGAGCAGAGCGACCUAUUUUUCAUCGGCAUUGUACCAUGUUUGAGCUCGCCAUACUUACUUCGGACGUCCUUUGUUUCUGUGUUGCUCAAAGACCUUGCGCAAUUGCAUUUGAAGAGCUCGAGAUUCAUGAGCUCAUAUUUUC